UUUCUCUUCUUCACCGACCGAAAAAAAUUAAAAAAAAAGCUUGCUUUGCCAAACAUUGCCAAAUGCCAAUUUUCAAGUCAAGUUUCAAGUUUCGACUUUCGCGUGAAUGAUUGUUUUGUUUGAAGCGAUACUAAUAAUAAGUGCAUUUUGAGAAUUUCGUUUAAUUUGUAAAGCAAAGCAAGAAACAUAUUACUCUCGAAUUGCAAAGAAUGUUUGUGGCUUGCUACUACAUUGCUAAGUACUUGAUAAGUACUUGUUAAUACCUAAAUGAUUUUAACAUUUGGUACCUAUCAUCCGAAGUUCAUGAUAGAAAAAGAUACAUUAAAUGAUGUUUAUUACAUCUACUGACAAGUGAUCCUUAUAAAUAUGAUUAUUAUUAACGGUACAGCACACACAGACAGCGCAAUGAAUUCUUCAGAUGAUGCAGAUGGCUUAUACCCAGUUGCUAGCAAUUUCUGCAGAGAUUUCAUCAAGGGUUGCUGUUCCCGCGACAAUUGUCGAUAUUUGCACGAACUUCCACCGAGAUCUUUCCUCAAAGAACUUUUUCGUUUCUGUCAUGACUAUCAAAACAAAGGAUGUUUUCGACCUAACUGCAAAUUUAUGCACACCACAGUAGAAGAAGAGGAACGUUUCUAUGCCACAGGAGAGUUGCCCCGCGACCCAAGAAAUAUAUCUCCCACUUGUCAAACAUAUCCCUCUCAAGACAGCAACUUCAUUUCUAACAAUGAUGUGGCAUCAAAACGUAAUAUUCCACCUUCAAUGUACCAAACCCAGCAUUCACGUAUCAGAGAUGACGACUCACCACCUGAGGCUAAAUUUAGAAGAUUUGCAUUUGAAGGAGUUUGUCUAGAAAAUCAAACAUUGCAGGCAACGCAAUGUCAAAACUGUGAAUCAUUGGAUCAUAAAGUAAAAUUAUUACACGACAACAUUAGUGUGCUGCUGAAGAAGGUUGCAGAUUUGACAGCAAAAAAUGCCCAACUGACUUCAAUGAAUGAGUUUUUACUUGAGCAGACAUCAUCCUAUAGAAGUGACCAGCCAUGUGUGAUAACCUCUCGUCAUGGCACAUCUGCACCUCUGGCAACAGUAAGUGUGACUCCUGUGGUGAGUCUAGCAGGAGGUUUACCCACCCUGGUGCCUGCAACAGCCAACCCUAACUUGACAUUAGCACCUGCAGCUUCUCAAGCUCAACUAUUAACUCCAGCGCCACAGAUACUUACAGUGAGCACUACACAGCAACUCAUGGGGAACUCUGGAGCACUGAUAGUUACAAGUGCAGGUGCCCAGCAACUUAUGCAAGUCAGUGAUUCUGGCACACUGAUGGGUGGUGGACAAACCGUGGUGGCUGUGACUCCUGCACAGUUGACUUUGGCACCACCAGGACAGCAAUUAAUGAGCAACGGACAGCAGUUAAUGAGCACUGGACAGCAAAUAAUGAGCAAUGGGCCCCAAACUGCAGUGCAGCAGCUAGUUCAAACAUCAGCACUGCAGCCACAAUUGGCACCUCAACAUCAAGCACCACAGUAUGCGGCUGCACAGCAAUCAGUGCAGCACUUGGCUGCUGCACAGCAAUCAGCUCAACAUCUAGCAGCACAGCAGUCUGCUCAGCAUCUCGCUGCUCAGCAAUCCGCACAGCAUUUGGCACAAUCUGCUCAACAUCUUGCGGCUGCACAACAAUCUGCUCAACAGUUAGCAGCAGCUGCACAACAGUCUGCACAGCAGCUGGCCGCGCAGCAAUCAGCUCAACAGCAACUAGUACACCAAACAUCCACCCAACAGAUAACAAUUUCCAGUACUAGUCAACCAAUGGCAUUACCCAACUCACAGGCUCAGCCAUUGACAUUCCCAAUCAUCUCUCAAAGCAUUUUGCCUCAUUAAAUUAAUUUUUAUUUACAAAUGAUUACUUUAAUGUGGGAAUUACAGUGAUUGGAUUUAUUACAAGAUGCAUGACUUAGUGAAGAUCAGAUAUUAAGAUCUCUUUAUUUGUACCUAUAAAACAUUAGGGCUGAAACCAGCAAUUAUUGUGCAUGUAUUGUUCACAAUGGAAGGCACUGCCCCUAAAUUAAUCAAUUAAUGUCAGAUUAAAGCUUUGCAUACAACAGUAAUCAGUAUGUAUUUGAAUUAUAUAAAUAUUAAGUUACUACUGAAAAAAUCCAGCCCUAUUCCUUGUAAGUUACAAAGGAACCUCUGUGCAAAAUUUCAGCAUUUGGGCUGGGCAUGGUGGUCUGUGGGGCUGAGUGUUGAUGCGGUUGCCAGUGUCUUCUUUGUUAAAAAUAUUUAGAAUAAUUUUCUUGUUAACCAGAAGUUUAUAUGUACUUCGUUCCCAUCAAGGUAGUUUUUGCUGGAUAGUACUCUUCAGGAAGAACCAAAAAUACACUUGUUUAUGUUGCAGUUUAUCGACAGAGUUCUCCAAUGCAUAAUUAUUGUGUUAAGUGUGAAUCAUCCAACCCCACUUUAUAAUUUAAUGUUUCUUAGUUAUUAAAUGAAAUUGUGUAUUUAA